GCCCCUCACGCCAGCGCACGGCGGCGGCGCCGGCUCCUGGGCCGGGCAGAAGAGGCGGAAAGGGGAGGGCGCGGUGAUGGCAGCGGCGGGCAUGGGGCAGCAGUGGGUGCUGGUGGAAAUGGUGCAGGCCUUCUACGAGGCUCCUGCUUACCAUCUCAUUUUGGAAGGAAUUUUAAUUCUAUGGAUAAUCAGACUUCUUUUCUCCAAGACUUAUAAGCUUCAAGAACGAUCUGAUCUAACAUCCAAGGAAAAAGAAGAGUUGAUUGAAGAAUGGCAGCCAGAGCCGCUUGUACCUUCUGUACCAAAAGAACACCCUGCUCUCAACUACAAUAUUGUUUCAGGACCUCCUACUCAUAUAAUCACUGUUAAUGGCAAGAAAUGUGUAAACUUUGCAUCAUUUAACUUUCUUGGGCUUUUGGAUAAUGAAAAAGUUAAGAAUGCAGCCCAGGCGUCUCUGAAGAAAUACGGUGUUGGCACAUGUGGACCUAGGGGAUUCUAUGGUACUUUUGAUGUGCACUUAGAAUUAGAAGAACGACUAGCAAAAUUCAUGAGGACAGAGGAAGCUAUUAUAUACUCAUAUGGAUUUGCAACAAUUGCCAGUGCUAUUCCUGCAUAUUCAAAAAGAGGGGACAUUGUAUUUGUAGAUGAAGCUUCUUGCUUUGCUAUUCAGAAGGGAUUACAGGCAUCUCGUAGUAACAUCAAGUUAUUUAAGCAUAAUGAUAUGGCUGACCUUGAACGACUGCUGAAAGACCAAGAAACUGAAGAUCAAAAGAAUCCUCGCAAGGCCCGUGUAACUCGAAGAUUUAUUGUAGUGGAAGGAUUGUAUAUGAACACAGGAGACAUUUGCCCUCUUCCAGAAUUGAUAAAACUGAAGUAUAAGUACAAAGUUAGAAUAUUUUUGGAGGAGAGCCUUUCCUUUGGAGUCCUUGGAGAACAUGGAAGGGGGAUUACUGAACAUUUUGGAAUAAAUAUUGAUGAUAUAGAUCUUAUUAGUGCAAACAUGGAAAAUUCACUUGCUUCUAUUGGAGGAUUUUGCUGUGGAAGAUCUUUUAUUAUUGACCAUCAGCGAUUGUCUGGUCAAGGCUACUGUUUCUCUGCAUCCCUACCUCCUUUGUUAGCUGCUGCUGCUAUUGAGGCUCUGAAUAUUAUGGAAGAUAAUCCAGACAUUUUUCAGAUUCUUCGGCAUAAAUGCGAACGAAUUCACAAAGCUUUACAGGGGAUUUCUGGCUUAAAAGUGGUGGGAGAAUCUUUUUCUCCAACAUUACACCUACAGUUGGAAGAGAGCUGUGGAUCUCGAGAAAAUGAUGUGAAGUUACUCAAAAGAGUUGUGGAUUAUUGCAUGAAUAGUGGUAUAGCAUUAACUCAGGCCCGAUAUCUGGAUAAAGAAGAAAAAUGUCUUCCUGCACCUAGCAUUCGAGUAGUGAUAACAGUGGAACAAACAGAACAAGAACUGGACAAAGCUGCAUCACUUCUUAAGGAGGCUGCACAAUCUGUAUUGAAUUAGACUGCUGUUGUGGAUUCCUCUUUCCUCAGAUUAUCAGGAUAAGUGUUUUACACUGUACAGUGACUUCAUUUCAGAUAUUCAAAUUCUGCCACUGAUGGCAUUGAAACUUGACUAACAAGAUUGCUCCACAGCAGUGCAAAUGCUGUGAGGGAAAGAAUGGUGAAUUUUGGAACUGGUGAAUGACACAUUGUUGCAUCUUAAAAAGUUUUAAGGGUUUGGAGAGAAAAAAGUGUUUUAAAAAAUGUGUAUAAACAGUCAUUUUUCCCCCAAAUCAUUUAAAAUGUAUUGUUUUCACUGUGUAUUCUCAGGAUGUGUUUUAGAACUUCAAGUAAAUUUGAAGACACUCUUCCCCCCUCUUCCUCCCCAGUAAAGAUAUGUUGUUCAUAAUACUGCCAAAAGGGAGAAAAUAACAUAAUGAUUGAUUGUCAUUUAUUAUGGAAUUAUAGAAGAAACUUCAGUUCUUUUUUAUUUAUAUCUUUCUCUAACAAUUUUUUUGAGCUAGUUUUUAAGAAUGCCUGGCCACAUAAUUUCAUUGUCUAAAUGGUAAAUUCAUGUUAAAUUCUAUUUGCUUCCUUCAUUUCAUACAUAAUUAUAUGCAUGUUUGACAUUAUGGUGAGGAUUUUCCUGUUACUGACUUUCAAACAUCUAAACUGACACCUCUGAAUUGUGAAACUGAUACAUGUAGUCCAUGAUAGUCUGUUUAGUCAAAGAGGCUUUUUUACCAGUCUUAAAGAGGAGUGAUGAGCAAUAUUAAGAAUGAACCAAUGUUUUGAAACAGCAACUAAAUACUAGCUUAUUCAGACUACUUCAAAGCACUAAAAUUGUGUGUUUAUUUCUAAGCAGCUAUGACUUGGAGGAAAAGAUUCACAGAUAGCCAACCUGAGUUUAUAUGGUACAGAUACUACUGAAGUACAGCUUCAUAUGCACAUAAUUGGAUAGUAAUAUUUGGAGGUUUUGAUGUCAGGAGUUUUAGUAAGCACAAAUGGACGUUACACAGAUGGACACACCAAUUAGAGGAGACUGGCAAGGAAGGAUGGCAGAAAGCUGUACCUUUUUAUAAAAUAAAACUACAGUAAUGUGCUUCAGGACUUUAAGAAAGCCAACUUCAAAAUUUUAUAUUCUACGUGAUCUGAAUUCUGGGUUGUUUUGUACUCAUGUGCCUUUUUGGUUGCUGCUACAAAGAAUUAUGGGACUAUUGUUGAGAAUCAUCGUUUAAAUAAGAAAUUAAUCAUGUUUGCUUCAUAAAUUACACAUCAUAGAAUUAGGUUUUGUAGCAUGAUCAGCCCUAUUCUGUUGAGUAAUCUGCAUAAGAUGAGCAAGCAUAGUCUAACUUGUCUCCUUCAGUUCUUUAUGGCUUUCCACACUGGCUUUCAAAACUUCUCAUCUGUGUACAUUUAGAUAAACCUGCUGAAGUUGUGUUGGGACACUUGUGGUUUUGCUUUACUGUUUUAAACAGUCAAAUAAUUAUCAAUGCAGUUGGGAGAAACCUUCAUCCCAAUGUGAAGGAGUAUUCAUAUCUCACUGCUUAUUAUAUCUUCUCUUCUAAAUUUGAGUUGAAGCCUGUGAGAAGCCAGCAAUUUAAAUGAACAAAAAUGUAAGGAAGUAAGUUGAUUCCCAUUUUACAGAGUAGACUCGGUGCAGAAAAUCAAUCUUCUCAAGGCCCUCAAACUGCAAGAAACGGAAAUUAAAACUUACCACUAUACUUUGAGCUUGUGAGCCAUUUCUAGUUUGAUAAUUGAAACCUGAAUAUCCAAGUAAACUCAAGCCUUUGAUGUAUAAGUAAGGAAAAAAAAUGAGGUACUUGGAUUCUAGUGCAGCAUAAUAAAUAUUUUGGUGUUCAAGGCAAGCAAAUCACCAGUUAUCAUUAAAAUAUGAGGUUACAGAAUUUGUACUUACUUCUUGCAUUUUGUUUUGCGUUGUCAGAAAAUGGAGGGCAUUUUUUUUGUUGCACUUUUGAGAACUAACAUCUUUAGAUAGAUGGGUCUGGUUUGUUCUUGCUUUUGUUUUUUCAUUUAAAAUGGAGUGAUAAAACCUAAAAUGGUAGGAAGCAUAGUGGAAUUUCCGGCAAUUUCAAAGCUGUGUGUAGGUAGUUCUGAUUUUAAUAGUAAUAGUUCUGAUGGUAUUCCAAGUUCAAGUGUUUUGCUAAGAGAUACUAUCAUCCGAUUCAUUUGGCAAACAUGUAACAUUAAAAUAUUGGUAAAGCUGCCUUUGUCCAUUUGUUUUUGCUUAAUAUCUAGAAAAGAAAAUCUUACCUAAAGAUCAACAAAAUCUUAAUGAUCUAAAGAUCUGUAAGAUCAAAUUAAAGAUCUUACGGUUGAUAUAAUUUGAAUUAUUGUUACAAUUUGUGUUGUACUGACAUGGUCUCAGACAUGGUUAUAUACAUGGUCUCAGUGAGAAAUGAAGAUGUUUGAGAUACAGCUGGUGGAGAGAGAGAUCCCUGGCCAUUUAAGCAAGUCUGACCCUAUCAUUUUGGGGUUUUUUAUAAAUGUUUCUGACAUGGCAAGCAGACAAAAUAAAGGGUGACUCUGGGGGAAAAAGUUAUUUGGGGUUAGGGAGACAGAAGGUAAUUCUGGUUAAACUUUUGACAUAAAAAAAAUCAGAAACCUGUUAAGGUGCUUAAGUUCUCCAUGCCGUAAA